UUUAAAGUUAUAUUUUCUAGUUGAGAGCGCUAACUGGACUAAGGACAAUGAAACCUUUGAGAACUACAUGCCUUUUAGUAGGCUUUUUUGCUUUGGCUACCGCCAAUUCCAUGAGCUGGCAAUCUAGUAGAAAUUCCAUUAAGAAUAGCAUGAAACCUACCGAUUGGUUAUCGCCAUCCGAAUUGGAAUCAUUACCCUCUUUGGGUGAAAUCUCUAUGCAGAAAUUGGAAAGUAUGUCGGUGGAAGAAGGCGCUGAUAUGCUUAACAAGUUGUAUCACUUGGCCCAAGUCGACGAAGAUUUUGAACCCAGUUUUGCUCCCCAGCCUAGUGAAAUUCCAACCUACUUGAUUACUCCCAACAACCAGAAAAUCAGCUUUAAAUUAAAUGAAUUGCCCAAAAUUGCCAAGGAAGCUAAGAAUUUCGGUGAUCAAGAGGUGACCAUUUUCAUUACUGGUCUACCACAAAAAACCGAACAAAUCAAAAAGGCCACCCGCAAAUUAGUGCAAGCCUAUAUGCAACGUUAUAAUGGCGAUAAUCCCGAACCAGCUAAUGUAAAAUAUGAAGACUCAAGUGAAAACAGAAAUCCCAGUUCUAGCGAAGAAGAUUAUUCUACUUCAUGGAAGAGUAGAUCCAACAAACCUGAUGGUAAUUUGGUAAUUGUUGAUUUGGGCUCAUCUCUGCCUAACUUUAAGGCUUAUGCCACAUUGGAUAUUGAAGAGACUGGUGAAAAGAUUGGUGAUAUCUUAGUGCAACUUACCGACAAGGCCGAUGUUCCUCAAGAAAUUAUACAUGUUAUUGGCUCCAAUAUUGCUGCUCAUGUCGCUGGUGCUGCUGCUCGUCAAUAUACCCGUGAAACUGGUCAUCAAUUGCGUCGUGUUACUGGUUUAGAUCCCUCCAAAAUCUAUGCCAAGAAAAGCCAAACUUUGACAGGUUUAGCUAGAGGAGAUGCCGAUUUCGUUGAUGCUAUCCACACAUCAGCUUAUGGUAUGGGUAUUGCCACACGUUGUGGUGAUGUUGAUUUCUAUCCUGAUGGACCUACUCCCGGUGUAUCUGGUUCUGAAAACGUUGUAGAAGCUUCCAUGCGUGCUGUACGUUAUUUCGCUGAAUCUGUUGUACCCGGUAAUGAACGUAACUUCCCCGCUGAGGCUGCCAUAUCUCUCAAGGAAUACAAAAAUCAGAAUAUCAGCGGUAAACGUGUAUACAUGGGCAUCGGUACCGAACAGGAUGUUGAAGGUGAUUUUGUUCUUCAAGUCAAUGCUAAGACUCCAUUCGGUCGCAGAGCACCAGCUCAAAGACAACAAAAUUAUGUUAGACAUAAUUUAGCUCACCAGGCCAAUGCUAAGUCUUCGUUUGAUCAAUCUAGAGGAAUCUUUUGGGGACAACGACAUGGAUAAUGACUUCUGAUGAUUAGAAAAAGAUUUAUAUACUUACAUAUGUACACACAUACAUGUCUAUGUAUGAUUCGAUUAUU